AUGGCUGACAAGAAGUCUAUUGAAGAGCUCAUUAAGUUGAUCAGCUCAGGCAGAAUCGGGGAGUUGAAUGAAGAACAAAAGAAGCAAAUGGAAGACCAUAAGUUCUGGAAAACUCAACCUGUGACCAAAUAUGAUGAAAAAAUCAUCCAAGAAGGACCUAUUGAAAAUAAGACUGUAGACGAUAUCCCCAAUGAUCCAUUACCUUUAAUUGAUGGAUUUGAAUGGUGUGAAGUUGAUUUGGAUGAUGAAGAACAAUUAGAAGAAUUAUAUCAAUUACUUUAUGAGAAUUAUGUUGAAGAUCAAAGUGCAUCUUUAAGAUUUAAGUAUUCCCAUGAAUUUUUCAAAUGGGCAUUAAAACCUCCAGGUUAUAGAAAAGAUUGGCAUUUAGGUGUUCGUGUUAAAGGUGGUAAGUUAGUUGCCUUUAUAGCCGGUACCCCAUGUGAUUUGAAGUUAACAAAGACCGGUAAAACUUUGAAAUCAGUUGAAAUCAAUUUCCUUAAUAUUCACAAGAAAUUAAGAUCCAAAAGAUUAGCUCCAGUUUUAAUCAAAGAAAUUACCAGACGUGUCAACAAACAAGAUAUUUGGCAAGCCUUAUAUACUGGAGGUCAAGUUUUACCUUCACCUAUCUCAACUUGUAGAUAUACUCAUAGACCUAUUAAUUGGUUAAAAUUAUUAGAGACUGGAUUUAGUCAUUUACCUCCUGGUAAAACUAAAAGUGAAAUGGUUGCUACUUAUACUUUACCUAAAGAACCUUUGUUGGGUUUAAGACCAAUGGAAGAUAAAGAUUUCGAUGAAGUGUUUGACCUUUUCACUUCAUUCCAAGAGAAAUAUGAAAUAAUCCAAAUAUUCACUAAAGAAGAAUUAAAACAUUGGUUAAACACUAAAUCCAAUGUCAUCAAACCUUAUGUCAUAGAGAAAGAUGGUAAAAUCACCGAUUUUGUUUCUUACUACUUAUUACCUUUCACUGUUUUGGAUAAUGACCAACAUAAUGAAUUAGGUGUAGCAUACUUAUAUUAUUAUGCCACCAAUGCUGAAGAAAAUUAUGAACAAAGAUUGAAACUGUUAAUCAAAGAUACUUUAAUUACUUCCAAAGAGUUCGGAGUUGAUGUAUUCAAUUGUUUAACAUCUCAAGAUAAUCCACUUUUCAUUGAAGAGUGUAAAUUUGGAGAUGGUGAUGGAUUUUUGAAUUAUUACUUAUUCAAUUAUAAAACCUUCCCUAUUCAUGGAGGUAUCAAUGCUAAAACCAGAGAGGUUGAGAAUAAAGACGGUGGAAUAGGUACUGUUUUAUUAUAG